AGCUUAUCUAGUGGGCAUCACCUCCUUAAUCAUCAAGCCACAAACAUUUUCACAGGUUGUCAAGAGUGAAAAAUGGAGGUAAGCAAUGAGAAAGGAGAUCACUGCACUUGAGCAAAAUGGAUCUUGGACACUUGAGUCAUUACCUCCAGGCAAGCGAGCUAUGAAUUUCAAAAGGGUUUACAAGAUUAAGUGCAAGCAAGAUGGGACAAUAAAACGUUAUAAGGCAAGGCUUGUGGCAAAGGAUUUCACACAAAUAGAGGGGCUGGACUAUCACAAAACUUUUGCCCAUGUGGCUAAGCUUGUUACAGUUCGAGUUUUGCUUCUUGUUGCGUCCAUGAUCAUGACUUUGAAAAAGGAAGGAAAAGGAAUGGAGACUGCGCUGUUGAGUUGAGAGGGGUAGUUUUAGGAAAAGAAAAAAUUGUUUCUAGAAUCAUGGGCAAAAGAUUCACUCCAUAAUUUUAAGUGUGGCAAUAACCCCACCAGUUUGUCUGCCUCACGAUCCUGCUACAAGCCUACUUGGUUAGUCCUCCACAAUUUAAAACUAGAUUAAAAACAGUAUGUUCAC